AGGCGGACAGCGAGGGAGGCGGGCUCCGAGCGGGCGAGAGACGCCGGCCGGGGCUGAAUCGGAAAACGGCGGCCGGACUUGCCCGGGAAGGACAAACGAAAGCCCGCCGGGCCGGACCGGGCCGGGCCGGACUGGGCUGCUGGGCUGAGGAGCGCUCAGCUCGGUACCUCGGUGCCUGGUAGCGACCGAGGAGCCCAGCCGCCCACUCUGCGUCGCCGGAGUCUGCAACCGCCGGGCGGCCCCUCUGGGAUGUCCGAGGGACCCAGGCAUCCAGGACGGUAACGGAGCGAGUCCGAGGAUGGGACGGCGCCCGCAGCUCCGGCUCGUCAAGGCCCUUCUCCUCCUGGGGCUGAACCCUGUCUCCACCUCCCUCCAGGACCAGAACUGCGAGAGCCUGUCCCUGGCCAACAACAUCUCUGGGCUGCAGUGCAACGCCUCCGUGGACCUCAUUGGUACUUGCUGGCCCCAGAGCCCUGCAGGGCAGUUGGUGGUGCGGCCCUGCCCUGCCUUUUUCUACGGUGUCCGCUACAACACCACAAACAGUGGCUACCGGGAGUGCCUGGCCAAUGGCAGCUGGGCGGCACGUGUGAAUUACUCUGAGUGCCAGGAGAUCCUCAGUGAGGAGAAGAAGAGCAAAGUGCACUACCACGUCGCCGUCAUCAUCAACUACCUGGGCCACUGCAUCUCCCUGGUGGCCCUCCUGGUGGCCUUUUUCCUCUUUUUGCGACUCAGGAGUAUCCGGUGCCUGAGAAACAUCAUCCACUGGAAUCUCAUCUCGGCCUUCAUCCUGCGCAACGCCACGUGGUUCGUGGUCCAGCUCACCAUGAGCCCCGAGGUCCACCAGAGCAAUGUGGGCUGGUGCAGGUUGGUGACAGCUGCGUACAACUAUUUCCACGUGACCAACUUCUUCUGGAUGUUUGGCGAGGGCUGCUACCUGCACACGGCCAUUGUGCUCACCUACUCCACCGACCGGCUGCGCAAGUGGAUGUUCAUCUGCAUUGGCUGGGGUGUGCCUUUCCCCAUCAUUGUGGCCUGGGCCAUUGGAAAGCUGUACUACGACAAUGAGAAGUGCUGGUUUGGCAAAAAGCCUGGGGUGUACACCGACUACAUCUACCAGGGCCCCAUGAUCUUGGUCCUGUUGAUCAACUUCAUCUUCCUUUUCAACAUCGUCCGCAUCCUCAUGACCAAACUCCGGGCAUCCACCACAUCUGAGACCAUUCAGUACAGGAAGGCUGUGAAGGCUACUCUGGUGCUGCUGCCCCUCCUGGGGAUCACCUACAUGCUCUUCUUUGUCAACCCCGGGGAGGACGAGGUCUCUCGGGUCGUCUUCAUCUACUUCAACUCCUUCCUGGAAUCCUUCCAGGGCUUCUUCGUGUCUGUGUUCUACUGUUUCCUCAACAGCGAGGUCCGCUCUGCCAUCCGGAAGAGGUGGCACCGGUGGCAGGACAAGCACUCCAUCCGUGCCCGUGUGGCCCGCGCCAUGUCCAUCCCUACCUCCCCGACCCGCGUCAGCUUCCACAGCAUCAAGCAGUCCACGGCUGUCUGAGCUGCAGGCCAUGGAGCGGCCCCCUGACAUCUGUGGCUGGGAGGAUGAUGGCCCCUGUCUGUGGAGGCUACCGGCACUUUCCCACUCCCUCCCCACCCGGAGCUGUGGCCCCUGAGAGCCCGGGAGGGCCCCUCCACCCAGCAGUUGUUCUAGGCUUCUGAGUGGACAGCGGCCUAUAGGACUGGGCUGGGCUGGGCCCAGUUCUCCCUGAAGAACGACACUGGAAUGGAAAUGGGAAGCAGGAAAGCCCUCAGCAGCACAUGGGGCUCCCCAAGAGCUAUCUUGUCUCAGAGCACAAAAUGGCCAGCCCACUGGAGAGCUGGGGUCCUCAGCAAACUGGGGAGGCAUUCACUGCCCAGGGCAUCCUGGGAAACUCUCAUGACACAUCUAUUCACCAUCAUGCCUCCAAGCAUUAGCCUACCACUGAGAACCAAGGUCAUGUCGUUUGGUCUGGAGCCCUGGGUGUAUCAUUAGAAAUUGGAUCACAUCAUCAGAUAUUGGGCCACAUCACUAGAAACCAAACCCAAGCCACCAGAAUGUCAUCGGCACUGUGGCGCUGCCACCAAAAAUGCCCUGCCUUGCUGCUUGCACCCUUGGACACUUACUACCUGUGGGACUCUCCGGCUUCCCCUCUCUUCCCCACUGACAGUGUCCUUGUCCUGACUCCUGCCACUUGCUGCCCCUGGGAGUCUCCCAUCUGUGAGAAGAUGGGGGCAGGGGGGUGGAGUGGCCUGUGAACAAGAACCAGGGUGUGCCCCAGCCAAGGCCAGUCUCCUUUUGAGGAGGGAGAGAGCCCUUGGGGCCUACAGCUGCUGGCUUCGGGACUGCCUCUGGGGCAGGGUCACCCACUGAGCAAAGGGAGAAGGGCCCCUCUCUGCCUGAGUGCUCUAGAGCAGGACAAAUGGCUUACCUGCCUCCAGAGUGUGGACUGGCCCACCCCCACACUGGACCCCCGUGCCUAGGGGACUGGGCAGCUAGGGCAGGGCUCUGCAGUGGGGAGGCAGAGGUGCCCACUGCGGGGGUGGCUAGUGUAAAUAAUAAUAUUUAUCUUUUCAACCAGCAUCUGUGAAAGCCUGGACUCUGCCAGGGACAGGGGAGAGAGGGUGCCUGAGAGACGCAGAUGCCGGGAAACCCUGAUCAUCGCUCAGGGCUGCUGGAGGGGCAGGGGUGGGGACUUGGAAGGAGAUGGAUCUGGCCUGCUCUUAGUAAGGAGGUGAAUCAGGGAGGGAAAGGACAUGAUCAGUAAGGUUGGGAAACCUUGCGAUGGCAGGGGACAGGUGGAACAAAGGCAUGGCCACGGGACCCUACAGGAGAGGGUCCAGCCCCAGGGAGGAGCAGAUCUGGGGAGCAGGCAGCGGAGGUAGGAAGCUGGGGCAUCAGACUAAUUUAACUGUGGUGCCCGGAGUCGGCCGCUCCUGCAGCGGGUGGGGAGGCCCUGUGGGAAUUGCUAGGGUGUCCUUGAAGUACAUAUGGGGUGCCCUGUUCUGCCAGUUCCCCAAGCUCUGUGCCCUUAAGUAGAGAGAUAGGGACAGGGAGACUCAGGAGUCCCAGGACAGGGAUGGGCCAAUGGCUCCCAGAGCAAUUUAGGGUGUGAGGUGGGGUGCCCUGCAGGGAGUAGCCCUGCUGGCUGACAGGAGGGACCAGGCUGACUAGUGAGUGUCAACAGCCACAGCUGAGCUGUGGAGACGGGGUUCUCAACUUGCCUUUCACACAGUGCGGCAGUGAGGAAGCAGAGCUUUCCCCGGAUGUGGGCGGGAUGGGGGAACCUCCCAAGGAUGAGAGCCUGAGAGGGCUGCACAGACUAGCCCCUUCCUGCUUGGGCCCCUGGUUGCCCCAGCUGUCGGGGAACCUUCUAUGGGCUUCUC